AUGGCAACGCCGUCUGCCACCGAAUCGUCGCCUUUGCUGCCCCAUGCAGAUGUCGAACCUGAUGCGAGGCCUGCUGUCCUAUCGCAGGGCCGGGCUGCCAUUGUCAUUAUGCAGGUGUCUGGCCUGACCUUUUUCAGCACCUUUUGCAAUGGCACGAUUGUCAUUGCUCUGCCUGCCAUCCAAAGGUCCCUGGGUCUGGACAAGAGCCUCCUGGUCUGGCCAAGCUCCAGCUAUUUCCUUACCGCAGCGUCGUGUCUGCUAUUGGCCGGAUCGGUGGCCGAUGUCGUCGGAAACAAGCGGGUGAUUCUGGUCGGAUCCUUCUUUGCCGCCUUGUCGGCCUUGGCCUGCGGCUUGGCGCGCACUGGUGGCGAGAUGAUUGCGUACCGGGCCAUUCAGGGCAUCACCUACGCCGCCAUUACUCCGUCGUCCGUUUCCAUCAUUGCCAAUCAUGUUCAAAAAGGUCGCCCCCGGAACAUGGGCUUUGCCUGCAUGGGUUUCGCCCAGCCAGUCGGUCUCUGCACCGGCCUGGUUCUGGCUGGUUUUCUCACGGAUACCAUCGGAUGGCGUUCGGCUUUCUACCUUGCUGCCGGCAUUAGUGGCCUCUUGUUCCUGAUUGGUAUAUGGGUGUUGCCGCGUGACAUUGGCCCGGAAACCGGCCCGUCGAUUUGGAAGCGAAUUGUUGUCGAGAUUGAUGUCGUUGGGGCUCUCGUGGCAAGCACAGGACUAGGCUUGCUGUCGUAUGUUUUGGCAACACUGUCGCAAGACAUCAGAAACAUCUACAAAACAUCCAGCAUAGUUAUACUCGUCAUCACCUGCCUAUCAGUUCCACUGUUCGCUAGGUGGAUGCACUACCGAGAGCACAAUGGCCGUGUCGCACUUAUCCCGAACUCGCUCUGGCGAAGCCAGGUCUUCACCAGCCUCUGCAUCAUGGUACUACUCACCAAUGCCCUUGCAAAUUGCAUGGAGUUGUACAGCAGUCUUUUCUUCCAGGAGGUCCAAGGCUCCUCCGCGGUUAGGGCGUCUGUACAAGUUGCACCUUCUCUUGCCGCUGGUGCAAUCGUCAGCAUCGCAACUGGAAUGACGGCGCACUGGGUGUCGGCUUUGUGGAUGCUAUUCAUCUCCGGCGUGAUUAGUACCAUUGCGCCGCUUUUGAUGGCCAUCAUCCGAAUUAACCAGCCAUACUGGCAAAAUGCCCUUUUUGCACAGAUCCUUACUCCGAUCAAUUGCGACGUCCUGUUUACUCUUGGCCUUCUCAUCAUAUCCGACAGCUUCCCACGAAAUAUGAAGGCCUUGAGCGGCGCUGUAUUCAACACAUGUGCACAACUCGGUGUUGCAGUUGGUAUGAGUGUAACGCAGUUUAUUGCAUCGUCUGCGACCAACCACUCCUCGUAUCCAGACAAGUCUUCGCCCGAAGCGCUUCUGCAAGGGUACAAGGCCGCCUUUUGGACCAUGUUUGCCUGGAUGAAUAAUGAAUUGCACCUUACCGCCAACGACAAGACUGACGGCACACUCGAGUACGGCCACUACUACGAGACUUGGUAUCAGGCUUUGGUCAAGCUGUGGACUGCUUAG